AGAGAGAGAGAGAGAGAGAUGGAGGAGAAGCAAGGGAAGGAGGCCAUGGAGGCCAUGGAAGAGGAACCAGAGGCCAUGGAUCAUCAGGAGCUAGUUUCAAGUGAUGAUGAAAUAGACUACUCAAUCGAACCCGAGUUCUAUGAUCCAAAUCUCGAUGAAAAAGAUGAGGUAUGGGUGCGUAAGCAAAGGAAAGGACAUGGUUCUGAUGCUGUACUCAGUUGCCCUGCUUGUUUCACCACCCUUUGUCUGGAUUGCCAAAGGCACGAGAAAUACUUGACACAGUACAGAGCCAUGUUUGUCAUGAACUGUAAGAUCAAGAUGGACAAGAUGCUGCCACAGGAAAAACGAAAGCCAAAGAAAUUGAAAAGCGACACAAAAUCCGGCAGUAAGCCUCGAGGAAACACCGAAACUGAUGAAAUUUAUCAUCCAGUUUGCUGCUCAGUGUGCUCAACUGAGGUUGGAGUCUUCGAUGAAAAUGAAAUCUAUCAUUUCUUCAAUGUUCUUCCUAGUUACUCAUGAACUGUUGUUUGCUAGAUACUGAACUUCAGAAGAAAAAUAAACUUUGUGAGAUGUUUUUGUCA